CAUCUGCACUCUUCAACCUCAUCAGCUGCAGUCUGGAUAGCAUUGGGUAUGUGGCUUGCAUGGGCAUGUUGUGCUCGCCGCGUCAUUCGACAAAAUGUGAAAGCUCCAAGAAGGCUGCUGUCGACGCAAGCCAGCCCGCAAUUGGAUCCGCUUUCGAAGACCACGAGAAACAUUGGUAUCAUCGCUCACAUCGAUGCGGGGAAAACAACCACGACAGAGCGUAUGCUCUAUUACAGUGGCUAUACGAGACGAAUAGGAGACGUAGAUGAAGGAUCGACCGUCACAGAUUUCUUGCCUGCAGAGCGAGCACGGGGUAUCACCAUUCAAUCAGCGGCCAUCACCUUCGAUUGGCCUCCAAAGAACCCUCAAGCUUCGCCAACGCUGCCACCUGCUUCUUUUGACACUGUGCCAUACUCUUCAUUCUCACAUAACAUCAAUCUUAUCGAUACGCCUGGCCACGCAGACUUUACCUUUGAAGUCCUCCGGUCGCUCCGGGUUCUCGACGGCGCAGUAUGCAUCCUUGAUGGUGUUGCCGGUGUCGAAGCCCAAACUGAGAAAGUCUGGACCCAAGCCGGCCAGUAUCAUAUCCCUAGGAUUAUCUUCGUCAACAAGCUAGACCGCGUCGGUGCAGCUUUCUCAAGAACCGUCAAAGAGAUUGGCGUGAGACUGCAUGGAUGGCCUGCAGUCUGCCAGAUUCCUUGGUGGAAAGGUGGCAAUGGCGACUUUGUCGGCGUAGGUGAUGUUGUCCACUUGAGAGGAUUGUUGUGGCAAGGCUCGACCGAUGGCAGCCAGAUUCAGCCUUACACUCUCGAACAGCUUGAGACUAUUGACAAGACUUUUGCCGAUGAGAUCAAAAAAGCUCGCAUCGCACUAGUUGAGCUUCUGAGCGAGCACGAUGAUGUGAUGGUGGAACAUUUCCUGGAGCACGACGAGGAUCAUCUUGCCAUCACUGGACUUCAAAUCAUGCAAUCACUUCGCCGGACCGUGCUGCAGGCUCCACAGUCAGUUAUACCAGUGUUUGCUGGUGCCAGCUUCCGAAAUAUCGGCGUACAGCCUCUCCUCGACUCUGUGGUAGACCUACUUCCCUCUCCUCUCGAACGACCGGAUCCAGAGACUAGCGUCGGCAACCAGAUUGGUACCCUUGCGAAUCUUCUUAAUGCAGCACCAAAGGCUCCGGCUCAGCCACAGAAGAAGAGCAAGGACGACAAUGCGAUCGGUCCGGCAGAAGCCCGCAGUCUGUCGGCCUGUGCCUUGGCUUUCAAGGUUGUCAAUGAUCCCAAACGAGGCAUGCUUGUAUAUGUUCGUGUCUACAGCGGCAAGCUAGAUCGUGGCGCCAAUCUUUACAACACCAAUCUUCACGUUGCCGAGCGCGCCCCUCGCAUCUUGAAGAUGUAUGCGAAUGAUGCUGUCGAAGUUGACUCACUUUCAUCGGGCCAGAUCGGUGUCAUCCCCGGCCUCAAGUACGCUCGUACAGGAGACACCUUAAUCUGGUGCAAAGGCUUAGCCUUGAAGGCACAGCCUCCAGGUGGUCUCAAAAGCCUACAGCUGAAGCCUAUUACCGUUCCGCCUCCUGUUUUCUUCACCAGCAUUGAGCCGCACAGCCUGAGCGAGCAAAAACAUGUACAGGAAUGCUUGGCUAUCCUUUUACGCGAAGACCCAAGCUUGCACCUAACCGUUGACGAGGAAAGUGGACAGACUCACCUUGCAGGGAUGGGUGAUCUUCAUUUGGAGAUUGCGCGAGAUCGCCUGCUUAAUGACUACAAGGCCAAAGCACGCAUUGGCAAGAUCGAGAUCGGAUACCGUGAGACGAUCACUUCGUCGACCACUCCUAAUACGUACAUACUCGAUAAGCCGAUAGCAAGUAAACCGGCUAAAGCCGGCAUCACAGUCGCUCUGACACCUACCGAUGACAUGAUGGUACCCGUAUCAAUAUCCGGAGAAACCUUGCCGGAGGACGGUCCGUUCGAAACUACAUACUCUCUCCCCGACAACUGCACAGUACAUAUCACGCAUGCGAACCUUUCGCGCCACGACUCCAGUGGUCAUAAAAAUCACAUCCCGCCGCACCUCAGCCUUCCGGGAAUCGUGGCCUCCAUACAUUCCGGUGCAUCAGCAGCCCUAGCUCGCGGGCCCUACAAUGGCUAUCCUGUGUCCAAUACGAGGAUUGAGAUUAAUUUAGACGCAGCAGCUCAUCUUUUCGGCGAGACCACACCAACGGCAAUCUCCAUGGCUACCAGAACAGCUGUGCAAAACAGUCUCAAGGAAGCAAACGACGCUAGCCCGUCAGUUCUCAUGGAACCCGUUAUGCUUGCUACCAUCUUUGUGAACGAGGGUUCCCUUGGCGCCGUCGUUCAGGACAUCUCUUCUUCCCGCGGCGGCCAAGUGCUCUCCCUCGACACAUCCGAUGCCCCAGUUCCUACGACAUCGCUCACAUCUGAGCUGCCCACGGUCGACCCGAAUCAAAUAUACACGCCGCCUGAUCCUUUCGCGUCUGGAACGGGCGACGUUGGGUCCGGACUCGGAGACAGCCAGAGGCAAAUCGUCGCGAGGGUGCCGCUGAAGGAGAUGGUGGGGUAUCUGAACCAGCUGCGUGCGUUGACGGGUGGGAGGGGAACGUUUGUGAUGAGUGUGGAUGGUUUCGAGAGGAUGGCAGCGCAGAGGCAGAAGGAGGUUGUGGAUUCGAUGAGGGAGUUUGUGUGAGCUUCGGAAGUUGGUGAAGAGCCGUGCAAUAUGUGGAUGUUUGAAGAAUGCAAGCAUGCACUUGGCGCGAUGUAGGUAUAUGUAAGCUACGUGUUAAGAGAUAUUGUAAGUGGGCAAAAGCCACGACGAGCG